AUGAAUUCUUCUUACCUGAAUCGAUUAUUUCAUUCUUCAGAACCUUUAAGGGGACCAGAAAAAGAUUAUUAUGAACUUCUUGGAGUAACAAAAAAUGCAUCUCAAUCUGAUAUCAAGAAAGCAUAUUAUGCGUUAGCGAAAAAGUAUCAUCCAGAUACCAAUAAAGAUACUUCUGCAAAGGAAAAAUUUGUACAAGUUCAAGAAGCAUAUGAAGUACUCAGUGAUGAAGAAAAGCGUGCACAAUAUGAUCAAUGGGGUUCAUCAUUUGAAGAACAACCUACUGGAGCGGGUGGAUUUUCAGGUGGAGUAAAUUUCGAAGGAUUUGGAUUUGGAAAUCCACCAGAUAUUUUUGAACAUGUAUUUGGUUUUGGGGGACCAAAAGCUUCUACAUGGGGGGGUGGAUUCUCUACUGGACCACACGUACAAUUGAAUAUACCAUUCAUGGAAGCAGUUUCAGGUGCAAAAAAGACCAUUACUAUUGAUGCGAUAUCAACAUGUAAACCGUGUAAUGGCCGUGGUACUAAAGGAGGAACGAAACCAGAUAAAUGUAUGACAUGCAAAGGGUCAGGAGUACGUUAUGUGCCUGUUGCAGCAGGAUUUCAAGUGCAAAGUACAUGUCCAGAUUGUAAAGGAAAAGGCGUUAAAAUAAGGUCCGAAAAUCGAUGUCAUGUUUGUGGAGGUCAAGGACAAGUAAAUGAACCUAGACAAGUUACAAUUGAUAUUCCAGCAGUGGAUGAUGAAAUGAAAAUGAGAAUACCAAGGCAAGGAGAUGUACCAAUAGGUAGAAGUGGAUUACCCGGAGAUUUAAUUGUUCGUAUAAAAGUAGUUCCUCAUGAUGUUUUCAAAAGACAAGGAAAUAAUAUUAUUGUCGAAGCACCUGUCCCAUUUUAUAAAGCAAUAUUAGGAGGUUUUAUUAGAGUUCCUACUGUAGAUGGAGAUGUUGAAUUAAAAAUUCCACCAGGUUCACAACCAGAACAACAAGCUUUAAUGAAAAAACGAGGAAUUAAAAGUAUAAAUUCACGUGCUCGAGGAGAUCAAAUUGUAAUUUUUAAAGUAAACUUACCAACAUCACUCGCACCGAAACAAAAAGAAUUAAUUGAAGAAUUUGUGAAAUUAUCAGGUGGGUUCUCGACAUCAUCUACUACUACAAAUUCAAAAAAUUCUUUUUUAAAAAAAUUGUUUAAAAAAUUGAAAAAUAAAUUGUGA